UCUGCAGAUGAGGAAAUCGGCACCCAGAGAUAUGAACAGUAUUGCCUGGGUGUGGGACUGAAGAGCAAGUGAAGGUGGGGAGCUGGGAUUGCAGUUUACGUCUGACUCCCCAUCCUGGCUCUCCCUGGGAAGCCGGGGGAGCUUCCGACAGAUGGAAGAAGAGGACCAGGUGAGCAAGAGGCCACGCUGGGGUGACUCAGGGAGCCUGGAGGCAGGCCCAGCCACUGCUCUGCAGGCAUCCAGUGUGUACACUGUUGACACCCAGUCCAAGCAGGCUCUGUGAGACACUCGAGGCAGUCAUGAGCACCAGCCACCCUGAGCCCAGUGCCCGGGCACGGAGCUCCCAGCCAAGAUCCCUGUCCCGGAGCUCGUCCAGCCUGCUGGGUGAUGGCCGGGGACAGAGGCCAGAGCUCCGAAAGAGUGCCAGCAGCACUGUCUGGCAGGCCCAGCGGGGCGCCAGCACCAGUCCCCAGGUCCAGGAGGAAGAGGGGCACCCAGCUGAGAGCACAGAGCAGGCCCAGGGCCCCGGCCCUGGGCCACAGCCUGGUGUCACAGGCCACUGGCGGAGCAGCACUGUGGGCAACGUGUCUACUGUGGAUGGUGGUGACCUGUGUCACCUGAGGGUCCCCAGCGCCGCUGCCGUGCAGAGGAGCCACUCAGAUCUGGUCCGCCCACAGACCCGGGGCCACAGUGGGGCUCGGAGGGCCAGCCUCAGCUGCUCAGCCCUGGGCAGCUCGCCGGUCCACAGGGCACGGCUGCAGCCUGGCAGCACUUCUGGCCAGGGAGGUCAGGCCCCUGCAGGCCCAGGAAGGGACCUGGCUCCAGAGGAUGGGACGUCAAGCUCAGCCUGGACCCUGGGAGAGAGUCAGGUGUGGGUGUCGCCAGUCGACCUGGGAGGCACGCCCACCCACAGCAGCAGCCCCAAGGCCAGGCCCAAAGCCACUGGGCAGUCAGCCGCCACCUCCUGCCGUGCUCUGCCCCCAGCAGCUCUACUCUGUGACAUGAGGGAGGAGGGCGCCCGAGGCUCCUGCCAUGCUCUGCCUGCCCCGGGGAUCCUGGCCUUUCCCAAACUAGUAGCAUCAGUGAGUGAGUCUGGGCUGCAGGCUCAGCGUGGCAUGAAGUUCCAGUGUGGGUUACCCGGGGGGCAUCCUGGGCAUUCCCCCUGCUGUGCCCAUCCUUGGGGUCCCACUGGCUCAGGUAUGGAGCCUGGCGCGAGGACCAAAGAUGUGUGGACCAUGACCUCAGCCAGUGACUUGGCCCCAGUGCUGGUGUCCCCUCUGUCAGCCCAGGAUGCUGGUGUGCAGGUGGCCCCCAUGGCAGUGUGCAAGGCUGUGGCCACCAGCCCGCCCCUGGAAGUCCCGGUGGCCCUGCACCCAUUCCCAGAGGUAACUCUGGGGUCCAGGCUGGAGGAGGCGGCAUCCCCUGUGCGGGAUGUGAGGUGGGAUGCUGAAGGCAUGACGUGGGAGGUGUACGGGGCUGCAGUGGACCCUGAGGUGCUUGGUGUGGCCAUUCAGAAGCACCUGGAGAUGCAGUUUGAGCAGCUGCAGCUGGCACCUGCCAGUGAGGACAGCCUGUCCUCAGAGGGCCGGAGGGGGCCGCUGCGGGCUGUCAUGCAGUCGCUGAGGCGCCCCAGCUGCUGCGGCUGCCCCAGCACAGCCCCAGAGUGAGGAGUUGUGGCCCCAAGGGCUGCCCUGCCCCCUGGACUCAGCCCCCCUACCAGGGACAGUGGGGGCUCCAUGCCCUUUGGACCCACUGGCAGCCGUGGAUACGUGGAUCCAGCAGAUGCAGGACUUCAGCCUGGGGACUUGCUAGGGCAGCUGGACUGGUUUUUAAGGGCUUGAUUCCCACGGGCCACAUCUGCAUAUUGGGCGCUGAACUUUGGGGCAGUUUCAGCACCGUGUACAAGGGAGGGCCUGAUUUUUCUGUAAAAAUCAUCUCUGUCCAGUCUCUUCAGACUCUGCUGUGACUUCCCCUAGAGUCGUGGUGGCUUUACUUGAAAGCAGAGCUGAGACGAGGAAUCCUUGACAUGAACGGGGCCCAGGUGAUGGGUCAGUUGGGUCUUUAGAGACGGGACCUGACACUGCCAAAGGCUUCCUGUCUGCCACGCCGUUCGGCACCUGGCCUUGCUGAGCCUUCACGCAUGGACGAAAGCGCAGACGUGUGGCCGGGCUGUGGCUGACAUCCCCGGGUUGGACGACGGAGCAGAGGCUGAGGUUCAAAGCAGGGCUGGCUGAGGCCUGGGGUCUUCCUGCAGCUCGCCAGCCAACCAGCCAGUGAGGCGGUUGUGCACGAGUCCCUCGAGGCCAUAUUCUAUGUCAGGUCUGGGUUCCUUGGGAAAUGAGACCGGCUGCACGUGCCCUCGCUGCGCUCACGUGUGGAAGGGGCUCACCUCGGUACCAGGGAGCUGAGCUGUAAGAAAGGCCGCAGGUGUGUCUGAGUGUGGCUCCAUCUGUCACUGUAUCCGGGGUGGCCUCAGGAGUGGGAAAACAGGUGGCCCCUGUCCCCAAAUAUGUCACAGUCCUGAACUUGCACCAUUAUUACCUCAUUCCUUUGGUUUAAGGAUUUAUUUUCAGCUGGUGCAGUUACUCAACGAAGGGAGGGUAGGGAUGGUGGGUAGAGGAGCCUGCGGUGGGGUCUCCCACUGGUGGGAAAUAGCAGGGGCUGUGAGGCUGUGGGCCUAUUUGCCCCGGUCCUGCACACCUGACCUGACAUGGGCCAGGGCUCAUGGGGGCCAGGGGAUCGUGGGAGUGGGGGAGCCCAGGUCACCAGGGCUCGACACAGAGUGACUUGACUGCCCAAGGAUCUCUCCAGGCCCACGGAGGAUGGAGUGGGCUUACAGUUGAAAAUCCAAGCUCCCGAGACAGAACCUGCCAGCCCACCUUUGAGGAGCCAGGUUAGUGUCUGCCGAGGGUCAAGGGCACGGGAGGGUGGAGUCAGGGCCCACAUGCAGCCCAGCCAUGAUGUGGCCCUUUUCUGGGCUGCCUUCUGCACCUGGGAACCCAGGCCCUGACAGCAGGCUUCCCCCUGCCCCCAGGGACUCAUGGAGGUGGGAAUGAUUCAGGCGACAAUGGGAUCAUUUUAGAUGCAGGAAUGCCAUGCUACCACCAAGGAGCGAGGUCAGAAUGCCUUCCAAGGCCCCUCAUGGGCUUUUCCCAGAACCAUGCCAUUCUCACUUCUAGCUGAGCUGGUAAAAUGCCACCCCUACUUAAAAAUGACAGCCAAUCAGAAUCACUACUGCCAGGGAGGCAGGGCAGAGGGUUGGCCUCGCCUGCCUUUUAAAAUGGGGUCAAGCAGGUUUUCCUGUAGUCCUGAGGCGCUGGGCUCUGUCCGCUGCAGCUGGGGCUGUCCUCUGUGUGUGGUGUGGGUAGGCAUUUCAUGCCCAGCCCUGCUCAGGGGCUCCCGGAGCCCAGUCACUGGUGGGGCCAGACUGGAGAGAGCAAAUGGCUGUGGGACCUGAGGGGGAUGGUGAGGAAUGGGAUUGGGGAGGGCACUUCCCCACAGGCCACAGCUGAGCAGGGUCUUCAGGACACAGCUGGUCUGGACAUGUGGGCAGAGGGGGUGUACCCGGCAGAGAGCAGCCUACGCGGGGCUGGGAGGUGCCUAUGGUCACCCUGCUUGGCUGCUGUGUGCCAAUCUGUGCCCCCUCCAGGCUGCACCUGGCUGGCUAGGAUGGCAGGCUGGGCCUGACCCCGCUUGGGAAAGGAUAGUGAAGCCGCCUCCCACCUCAUCUUGACUGAGAUACCUCUUUGCAGGUGGCGCCCCGGAGCCCUGCCCUGGUUAGCUUGCUGCCCUGAGACAACAGGAUGGGCCCUGGGCCUCACUCGCCAGGCUGCACAGCCUCAGCCCAUGGAUGGGCCGCAGCUGGAUCUGAAUUUGCCCUGGAGACACAGACCACCCUGCCUCCCACCUUGUCCCUCGUGGGGCAGUCUGGCAGUUGUUCAGGCUCUCAGGACUGGCCACCAGCGUAGUUUCCAGGUCUCCUCUCAGACCUCAGACUUUCUGGGUUCCCUUCAGGCUCUGCUCUGGGAGGUGGUGGAUCUCAUUAUUUGUACAUUUCUUUUGAAUUUGAAAUAAAGUAUUGGAGGUCGGA